CCAUGGACCAAGUGAGCUUCGUGUUCCUCGUGAGUUUGGCGGCCGUUUUGAUGCUGCCGCUGCCACCAGCCUUUGCAGCAAGGAUUCCGAUCUUCUGUGCUCCCGAUACUAGCUGUACGGUGGAGAAUGUAACAGCCACCGAGAACGAUUCAUUCCAGUUGAUUGGCUCCAUUCUGCAAGCCUACAGUGUUGCAUUUGUGAACUGCCGGCUGUAUAGCCUUCCGCAGAUCCCUCGAGCUGGCCGAGUUUCUGCGAACAAUAGCGAUCUUGUGCGACUGUAUCCGAGCACCUUUGUUAACGUGGAAAAUUUAGACGUGUCGUACAAUCGCCUGGAAGAAUUCUCACCAAAUGUGACGGAGCGACCGGAAGAGCUUAGACAACUAGCAUUGCAAGGAAAUGUAGCGCUGACGAACUUCACAUUUCUGCGUUCGCUUACGAGGCUGAAUACUUUGAACAUGGCAGAGAUGAAUCUAGAGGGAUUCGAUUUCGAUUUGUUGAGCUCCAUGUCGAGACUUUCGAAUCUGAAUAUGAGUCACAGUAAUAUCAACGAGCUACCGGCAAAUAUCAGCAAACCAAAGGGAAACGUCAUCGAUUUGAGCCGCAACGCCAUCACCCGUGUUGUCUCGCAUACCUUUGAUUGUUAUCGGGAUUAUAUCUAUGGGAAUGAAUGCAAAAUCGACCUCUCUAACAACAAAAUUACCAUUAUCGAGAAGAAAGCAUUCAAGGGAACUUCUAAAAUAAAUCUGCAGAACAACAACAUCAUCACUAUCGAGAGUAAUGCGUUCAAGGAAAAUACAGAAGUUAAUCUGCAGAACAACAACAUCAGCAUUAUCGUGAAGGAUGCGUUCAAGAAAGUAUAUUAUGUUAAUCUGCAGAACAACAACAUCAGCACCAUCAAAAAGGAUGCGUUCAACGAAGUAUCUAAUGUUAAUUUAAAGAACAAUAACAUCAGUGACGGCAUUCACCCGAACGCGUUUAAAGGCGUUACUGAACUGAUCCUCUCCAACAACGAUUUGAGCAACUUUGAAUUUCUCCAGCAACUAAAAUCUUUGCGGACGCUUAACCUGUCGUAUGUGCCCUACUUUAGCAGAUGCACUGAUUCAUGCAACGUUUUUGGGACGCUCCGGAAUCUUGAGAUACUCGAUCUAUCAAACAAUGAAAUCACCGAGUUGCCUGUGGGCAUCUUCAGCGGGCUCGUCUCUCUAAAAGCUUUGAACUUGCGCCACAAUAGCAUCAGCCAUAUCGAGUAUGGAACCUUUAUAACGCCGAACGCCGGUAAAAAUUGGCGAUCGCGCGAAAGGUGUCGCAUCCCAGAAGUGGAUCUAUCGUAUAACAGGAUAAAUGCGCUCGAUUUUAGCCUAUUUCGCUCCGGUUGUGUAAUUGAAAGACUGUUGCUGCACGGUAACGGAAUCCAAUGGGUACCUGACGAUUUAUUACAAUUCGGUUUAUCCACAAUCGGCCUGCAAAACACGCAAGUCACAUGUGCGAAUCUGAUCAAACUCUUGUUAAAAGAUAUCUAUGUUGUUAAUGAUCACGAUGAUAUACCCGUGUUUAACAAACCAAACGUUUACGGUAUUGGCUGCGUAAAUCGGGAAAUUCGAUAGAAAAUACU